CUUGACCUUCAACUGAUCCCUUGUGAUCAACCUAAAUACCAAGAAUGGAUCUCGUGAAUUUGGCAGAUAGUGAUUUAAGAGUUUCUGGCGUUUGUAUUGGUACGUGGCAGUUCAACGAUGGAGUGGCUGACAAUACAUGGGAUGGGCAGACCUAUGAGGUGUCCAAGAGCAUCGUUGACAGGGCGUUGGAACUAGGAAUAAACUUCUUCGACACAGCUAAGGCGUACAACAAUUCCGAGAAGGUUUUGGGACGAAUAUUUGAAGGCAGACGAAAAGAUGUUGUCCUAGCGACCAAGUUCCAUGUUGCAGGUUUGGGCGAAGCAGAGGGUCUUUCACCAGAAGAUGUAGAGAAAGCGUUGUUACAGAGUCUCCAAGAUCUCAGAACAGACUAUGUUGAUAUAUACCAGGUCCAUUGGCCAAAUGUUGUGAGGGAUAUGGGAGAGCUUGUGAAGGAAUUGAAACGACAACAAGCCUUGGGAAGGAUCAAAUAUUACAGUGUAUGCAAUUUUGGACCGCAAAAUCUGAAAGAAAUGUUAGCGGCUGGGGGACAGCCGUUAACUAAUCAGCUACCGUAUAACUUACUGUGGCGUCCCAUAGAAUACGACAUAGUGCCAAUUUGCCAGCAAAACAACAUCGAUAUUCUGCCUUACUCAUCACUGCAACAGGGUUUGUUAUCCGGAAAAUACACCAAACCGAACGAUGUACCAGAAGGCAGAAGACGGACACGUCAUUUCAGUAAAGACAGUACAACUAUGUCGAGACAUGGAGGACCAGGUGCCGAGGCUGAAACAUUCCAGACUAUUAGCAGAAUCAGGGAGAUAUGUGAUGAAAUGGGUCUUUCUAUGGCAGAUACGUCGUUGUCAUGGUUACUGGCUAAACCAUGCGUGAGGAGUGUCAUUGUGGGUGCAAGGACACCGGACCAAGUGAAUCAAAACUGUAAAAUCACAAAGUUGUCUCAGGAAGUUGUCAAAAAGCUUGAUGCGAGUACAGAUGAGCUCAAGGCCAUAUUCGGGAACAAUCCAGAUAUGUGGGCACCAAAAAGUCGAAUGGCUUAAAUUAAGCAAUGCAGGACGCUUGGCCCUUAUGCGCAUGAUCAGUAUACACACAUAUAUGUUCAGAUCAGAUUACAUGUGCGCCAACCAUUAGGCCAACCUCAGAUAAAAGUGCAAUCAUAUAAUAAAACAUGGUAUACCAGUGAUAUGCCUUUAGUUGAACUUGUAUUCUAAGCUUCCCAGAGGUAUUAAUACAUUGUAUACAAUACUAUAUGUUAUUGAAUGAUUUGAAGUGC